AUGAAGGCCAUCAGACGAUCCUUGAAGGGGGAAAAAGAACCCAAGCAUCAUCAUCACAUCUCUAUUACCCCCAAAUCUGCGCUCGCGAUUCUUCCUCCCAAAAAGGUGAUCAAAGCUCUCUACGACUACCACCCCGAAGGCAACAACCAAGAAUUGGCUUUCAGCAAGGGCGACUUCUUUCACGUUAUCAGCAGGGAGGACGACUCGGACUGGUACGAGGCCUGUAAUCCGCUUAUCCCUGAGGCUCGAGGGCUUGUUCCUGUCUCCUUCUUCGAGGUCAUCGGCAAAAACGAAAGGGAUAGUGGGGGUUCCGGCGAUCUGCAUAAAAAGGACCACCACGACUCUGGAUUCUCCGACCGCAUUCCUUCAUCUCCGAACAACACCACCCGUCAAGGCGCCUUCAGGAUGUCUGCGCUCGGCAAGGGCCAGGGCGCCAUGGUUUACGGCAUUGUCCAGUACGAUUUCCAGGCCGAACGCACCGAUGAACUCGACGCGAAGGCUGGAGAGGCAAUUAUUGUCAUCGCCCAGUCCAAUCCCGAAUGGUUCGUCGCUAAACCUAUCGGUCGUCUGGGUGGCCCUGGCUUGAUUCCGGUCUCCUUCAUUGAACUUCGCGACAUGGCCUCGGGCCAAGCCGUCACCGACCCGCUGGAGGCUGUGCGACGCGCCGGUGUCCCCAAGGUGGAGGAAUGGAAGAAGAUGACUGCCGAAUAUAAGAACAGUAGCAUCACUCUCGGCAAGAUUGAGGGCGGCCAUGCCUCUGGCGGCAGCAUGAGCGGCGUCACCAAUGGAAUGGAGCAGAUGUCCAUGAAUCCCAACCAAAGCGCACACAUGAGCCAGAACGGCAACGCUUACGCCUACCACCAGCGCAACGCCAGCAAGGGGACACUGGCGUCGCAGGCCCCUCCGACGCAAAAUGCAAACUUCCAACCCGUCCUCGCACCGGUCGCCGCCUCGAUCCCGCGCUAUUGCUUCGAUAACGAUAAAUACUGGUACAUCAUCGAGGCCAAGAUGGAAGACGGUCGCUGCUGGGAACUUUCAAGAUACUAUCACGACUUCUACGACUUCCAGAUCGCCCUCCUGACCCAGUUUGAAGACGAGGCCGGCAACCGCGGCCGACCUCGUACCCUCCCUUUCAUGCCCGGCCCCGUUACCCACGUUACCGAUGCGAUCUCCAACGGCCGUCGCCAAAACCUCGACGAGUAUAUCAAGAAACUUCUCGCUAUGCCCCCGCACAUCUCCCGCUGCCAACUUGUUCGACAAUUGUUUGCGCCGCGCCAAGGCGACUUUGAAAUCGACCCGAACGCCUUUGGCGAGGAGGCACGGUACUCGGGCGAGUCGCACCACUCAGAUCCCUCGCGCAGCCUGUCCCGCCAGUCUUCCCAGGUCCCGAUGAACGCAUCCCAGGACCGCACGUCGCAACCGCAGCGCCCUCAGCAAAGCUCAGGCUCAGUUUCGACCGGCUCUAUUGCGCCCCCACCGAUGAACCGCCAAGCAAGCUCCCUAACGCAAGUUUCCUCGGCCUCGAAUUCGAGCGCGAUGAAGGUCAAGGUAUUCUUCCAGGACGACUUGAUCGCGAUCCGCAUCCCAUCUGGCGUCAGCAUGCAGCAUCUGAAAGACAAGUUGUGCGAUCGACUGAAGAUCCAGGAGGAUAUCAUCGUGCAGUACCGCGAUGAGACAUCCGGUUCCUACGUCGAUCUGGUCUCUGAUCAAGAUUUGGAGGGUGCCAUGCAGCGCAAUACAAAGUUGACACUGUUUGUCAGCGUCGCCUGA